CUGCACAUAUACCAUCUUCAGCAUUGGCCAUCCAAACACAUAAACUUUUUUUCUUUUUUUUUUAAACUCAUGGCUGCCGUGUCAGAAUUCUCGAGCAUGGUGUCAAGACAUGUCUCGCAGAGAUUCCAAUCACCGAUCGCACCUCUCACGGAGGCUAACUUGUACAGACAUACCAUCACACAGAUUCCACAGUCGAGGGACGCAAAGUUAAAGCAUAUCGUCGCCUAUGUUGAGAUGCAACGAGGACUCAUUGCCGGGGAAGAAGAAGUGUACCGCAGCGUAGCCGAGAAAGGUUGGCGUAGCUCGAUCAGUGACAACAACAACAAUAGAUCUGACCUCGCCCUUGAGUUACACAGCUCUCAAGUUUCCUCUCCACAUGUCCGUCAACACCCAUAUCGACAAUUCGAACCUGCCACACAACCACAUUAUCAACAACAACAACAACAAGAACGACAAGUAACACAAUCAAAACAAGACAGCUUUGAAGAAUACCAAACUCGCUCCCCAAAUUACCGUCCUCAACAAAGAACCCCUCCAAAGUCAUCUGUACUAUACCAGCAUCAUCUUCCUUCAUCACGGCGUCAAUCUAAUUGUAUCCCUGAUGGCCUUGAUCCCAGCAUGGCCUUACCAAGGGCACUCCCUCGAAGUAUGACCCAUCAUGAUCAAACGCUCUAUCGCGACUCCAUUUUUUCAGGUAUGGGUCAUGAAAAUGAUUGGCAACAAUUGGAGGAGCUAGAUCCAGACAGUUUAGCAGGUAUCCACCUCUAUGGAGAUACCACUGAUCUUCAGCACCUCCGGCGGAAUCCUUCCUCCCCAAUAUCUCCAUCUUUACCUGUCAACAAAUAUCCUACCUAUGAAUAUAUGCCCGUCAUCCAGAACACUGAGUGGCAUCAAGAACGCCAUCUUUCAAAAGUACAACAACAAAGAACCUUUCGACAACUGCAGUAUCCUGAUAAUGACAGUGACGAUGCUGAGGAAGAUGAAUUUAAAGCCGAACUCAUAGCGCGACAUCGUUAUCAGCAAUUGACGCCUGCUCAACAGUAUCAGCAACAAUAUCAGCUUUUACAACAACAACGACAACUAGUAUCACCACCCCCUACAUUUGUUGAGAAAGAAAAGAAAUCCACUCGAUUCUCUUCCAGAUUUUCGUUCCUGACUCGUCGUCAAGGCCAUCAGAGACACGAUAGUAUGCCUGUUGUAGGCAAACAAGCCAAAUCAUCAGAACCUAAUCGACCGGGCCAUACUAGGUUCAACUCCUUGAAUGUUCGUUCUGGAAACCGAGGAACACCUAUCUUUGAUAUUCUGGAGGAACAAGAGGCACUACGUGGGCGUGAAUAUGCACGUACUGACACGCCUGCGAGUAAACCUAGGAGCAGCAUCAAAGGUAAUAGUCGCAUGAAACAGAUUCUGAAAGGCGUGUUCGGUAUCUCCAAGAAGAAGGAUAUGCCCUCGCCCGAGUCGCCUUUCCGCGAUAUCUCUUUACCAUCAACGCACAUCCGCUCUGCCCUCACACCAUCUCCCAUGCAAUAUAAUCAGCAUUUUCAGCAACAACAAAUGUAUGCUGACCCAAUUAUCCAUAAUCAAUACCAUUAUUCCGCUGCGGUGAUUCAGCGGAAAGGAUUGGUCACACCUGUCUCUAGAUCAGGUACUGCACAAUCUAACGAUAACAAGGACAACGACAACAGCAAUAGCAAUAGUAACAACAAUAAAAACAGUGGUGGACGAAACCCACGUGAAAGCCUUGUAGACCCCAUUCAGCCACAACAGUUGGGAUUCCGCAAGAUGACACUUCAAGAUGAUAAGGAUGAUGACGAUUAUUUUGGCCAAGACCCAAUGUUUUCGCCCUUCGGACAAACGUCAUUAACGCCACCUCCUGCCUCAUCUGUUCUCCGGCACUCCACAUCUACAAACCGGAUAUUCAACAACAGCUAUAACAACAACACCAUCAAUUAUCAUGGCAGUAACGCCAAUUCUAAAAUUGCCUCUGCGUUUGUUGCCCCAGUUCCUGCUGCUGCCGUCAUCGAUGAUGAUGAUGAUGAUGAUGAUAUUGAUGGAGACUUUGAACCGCUUUUAGUGUCUUCAUCAGUAACAGUAACUGAACAGCCAUUGGGCAAUGACGUAGUCGGUAGCCGCCACAGGGCUAGACGAUCUUCUCAGUUAAUGCCUAUCCCGAAGGAUUUAGUAGAUAGCGGUUGCGACUCCAUGGGUGGUAACGAGCCCUAUGCAACAGCAUCCAAUGCAACGACGCUAAAUCAUAAUAGUAACAUUAAUAACAACAACAACCAGAGCCAAUUCUAUGGCAGCCAUCAGCAAAGCUUGAGCCAAAGUCUGCUCCAGCUCUCGUCCCAGUCGCCGUCUCAAUGGCAGUCGCAGAUGUUGCAACAGCAACAGCAGCAGCAGUCACUGGGUUCGCCAGCCGGAUACGAUUGUGCUCUGUCCGUAUCGACCUAUGACAAUGGCCCGACUAUCGUGUCCAUUGCUGAAGUCCAGAAAGUGGAUCUUGAGGGUCUUCGACAAAGCCAUCAUCAUCAUUUACCUCCUUCCCAUUCGCAUCAUCUGAGCAUGGUUACCAUGGAAGCCCCAUUGGUUUAAAAAAAAAAAUAGAUAAUCAAUUUUGUUUAUUUUUUGUGUCUAUAAUAAUAAAAGAACUAUCACAACAAUUAGC